AUGGAAAAAAAGACAAAGAAGGGCUAUCUUUGGAUUUUCGAUCAACAAGACAAAUGGGAUGAAGUAGCCUCGAGUAAGAUUAGUCAAUUGGAAGAAGCACAGGCUGCUCACCUUGAUUGGUUUGAUAAGCACAGCACUGUGAAUGAGCUAUUGGCAUUGAGACGACCAGAUUUAAAGCGGAAGCGUGAUGCCAUACCAACAACUACAAUAGUAGCAACGAGUCAAAUUGUACCUAGUGAAGAUGUUGCAAAAGAAUCCAGCGAGUUGAUGGACGCAGAGUCUAUGAAUGACAAGCGCACAGAGGAUAUUGUGAAACAAGUGGAUAUUCAGUCAUUAGAUGCUCAUAAACGAGCAGUAGAUAAAGCGGUGAUGAAGAGGCAAAUGAAUGACGAUUCUGCCCAUCAAACAACCACCCGCAAAGUUGACGCUACUGAGAGCCAAGCAGAGACUGUACAUAAAACCAACACCAUCACCAUACCACCAUCCAAAGUAAAACCAACAGCCAUCAUAAAGCCAUAUACAGCACCGAAAGCACAGCCAGAGAAACCAAAAAGUCGCUCCUUUUUAGAUGAUUACGACGAGGAAGAUGAUCAAGUUCAAAUUGUAGUGUCUGCUCGAAAAUCAAGUACAGUGCCCAAAGUGAAACCUCCACGCCCUAGUGUCUUUCCAUCGAGACCAGAACCUCAACUUUCGAGAUCAACACCUACAAAGACAAUCUCCCUCACAACGAAUGCCAAACCAUCUUCUACCACCACUACACCCACCACCAAUGCAUCCACGUACCGUAGUGCCUUUAUGAAUAGACUCUUUAAAACAUCAAGACCUUCUCUGAAAAAGGCAGCUUUACCAUCAGCGUCUUUAUCCACAUCUAGCAACGCAGCAGCAACAGGUAAUAAAGCAACGGACACCGCCAGCCCUGACAACAAGAGGGACUCCUACUCCUAUCAUCCCACCAUCAUCACAAAACGAAGCAGUACCGCCAGCGUCAGAUCAAUUAGCUCCAGUAUACACUCGACUCCAAUUGAGGCGAGCGAUAUCAUGCCAGAACCAAGAUUCAAACGAUUCAAGGCAUUACAAAAGCUGAAUCAGAACCCACCUGCUGCUGUUGCUGCUGCUGCUGCUGCUGCUGCUGCUGUUGAGCAAGUAACGCAUGAUCUGAGCACUGUUGAAGAAGUGGAUGAAUCAAGUAAAAGUCAGAGUCAACUUCAACAGGAGAAUCAGCAGGGCCAACAGGAAUAUCAGCAGGGCCAACAAGAGACUCAAGGCCAGAACGAGGAUCAUAGCUCACAAGAGAACGCAGCAGCAUUCGUUAUACCAGCAUGGGGAGAAGGCGACAAUUUGCGCAAUCAACUUGAGAAACAAGCCAACACGAAUUUUUAUGAUUUCUUUGGUCGUCUGCAACCUGUAGAUUUAAAAGGCAAGUGA